CGUGCCCUACAUCAGUGCGCGUGGAGAGUAUCUCCGGUAACUGUACCGUUCAGGCAGCUUCACUUUAUGUGAAUUUUUAUUCCUCUUUAUCUAUAUGAGGAUUUAAAACAAAACCAACUCGAAUAGCACCACAACUAAAAUAACAGAGGUUUUGUUUUUCAUACUAUUGAGCAGGCUAAUGUAGGUUUCGGACGUAGUCAUGGAGACCCCUCGAGACCGCGACCGUUGGUGACGUUUUAACCUGAAAACGACAGCGUCCAGGGUUUUUAACACAAAAUAUUAUUAUUAUUUCCGUUCGUUAUCGCUCUUAUCUUGUCAGAAAUGACACCUUUCACACCUUUCCUUAAGCUUCCUUUCAUUUUUCAGCAUGUUUAUCAUCGCAACAUGAUACAGAAGGUAGUGUUUCACCUGCUCCGGGUCAGAGUAGGAGGACUCCAGUAGUUAUAAACCAGCUGAAAUUCUUCAGGUCAGGACACCUGAGAUGGCCAGCGUCCUGGACUCAGCACAGGUGGAUCCUGGUGGUUCGGUUCUAGAGCAGCUGGGUUUGGACCCGAACUCAGAUUUCUCAGACUCGGGUGUACAGCAGCGUCUGGAGGAGCAGCGUGAGAGAAUCCGCAGAGAGAUCCGCAAAGAGCUGAAGAUCAAAGAGGGAGCGGAGAACCUGCGGCGCGCCAUCAGCGACAAACGCAACGCUCACCAGGUGGACAGCCAGCUACGCUCCUCCAAGCGCAAACUGGACGCACUACACACACAGCUGCAAGAGCUCGAUGCCCACAUCAUGGUGAAGGGACCCGAUGACAGCAAGGAUGAACUUCCGAGCCGAUCAUCAGCCAAUCAGGAGCGCAUCAUGGCUCUGGAGCGGCAGCUCAACAUCGAGCUGAAGGUCAAACAGGGAGCAGAGAACAUGAUCCCCAUCUAUGCCAAUGGAGCCACUAAGGACAGGAAGCUGCUGCAGGCCACACAGCAGAUGCUGCAGGACAGCAGGACCAAGAUCGACAUCAUCCGCAUGCAGAUCCACAAAGCCAAGCAGGCCACUGAGCACACAGCCCACACCCAGGCUAAGCCAGAUCUGUGUGGUGUGGAGUUGAGGAUCGAGGAGUUGUGGCAUCACUACCGUGUAGAGCAUGCCAUGGCUGAGGGAGCCAAGAACAUGCUGAGACUGCUGGGAGUAGGAAAAGCUCAGGACAAGAAGGCUAUCACAGAGGCUCAGGGCAGGCUGACGGAGGCGUCUCAGAGGCUGGACUUGUUGAAGGAGUCUCUGGAGCAGAGGCUGCGUGAGUUGCCCGAGGAUCAUCCUAAAGCGUGUCUCAUUAAAGAGGAACUCAUCAUGGCCUCCUCCUCGGCGUUCAGUGGCAGAAACAGCACCCCCUAUGUCCACAACCAGUACAGCACACUCAGCAAACCAUCCCCACUCACAGGCAGUCUGCAGGUGCGCUUGUUGGGGUGUAUGGGUGUGUUGGACGUGGUCCCUGGCCGCAGCAGGAGCUCAGCAGUGGUGUUGCCGAACUUCAGCCCUGGUGACGGGCGAUCCUUCAAACUUAGCAGCCUGAGCCUGAAAAUGCCCAACAAGACCGAAGAGCUCUCCUCCGAGGUGAGUGCGGUGUUAAAGCUGGAGAACACGGUGGUGGGUCAGACGAGCUGGAGGACAGUGGGAGAGCAGGCCUGGGACCAGAGCUUCAAUAUCGAACUGGAGAGGUCCAGGGAGAUGGAGAUUGCCGUGUACUGGAGGGAUUAUCGUUCCCUCUGUGCUCUCAAAUAUCUCAAACUGGAGGAUUUUCUGGACAAUGAGAGACACAGGAUUCACCUCGAGCUCGAGCCACAGGGCUUACUGCUAGCAGAGGUGACGUUCUUUAACCCAGUAAUAGAGAGAGGCCCCCGACUCCAGAGGCAAAAGAAGAUCUUCUCUAAACAGCAGGGUAAAGCCUUCCUGAAAGCUAAGCAGAUGAAUGUGGACAUCGCCACCUGGGUGCGCCUGCUGAAGAACGCCAUCCCAACCAGCACCUCCACCAACAGCUACUCACACAACUCACACACACUUCACACAGGAGUAAUCCCAGAAGAAAAGAUAGGUGUGGAGAGUGCAUCUCCUCCACAAUCAUCUGAGAGCCUGAGGAAAGAGGUCUCAGAGGCAGUCUCUCCCCCUGAUGUAGCUCCGGAGCGGUCAGGAAGGCGUGGCUCCCACAAUUCCCAGCGCAGGCCGAGCAGAGGGCCGCUCAGUCUGCAGGAUUUUCGGCUCAUCGCUGUGCUGGGAAGAGGACAUUUUGGCAAGGUGUUGCUGUCAGAACAUAAGAACUCCAGGACACUGUUUGCUAUCAAAGCUCUGAAGAAGGGAGACAUUAUCGCCCGAGACGAGGUGGAGAGUCUGCUGUGUGAGAAGCGGAUAUUUGAGGUAGUGACCGGUUCUCAUCACCCGUUCCUGGUGAACCUGUUUGCGUGUUUCCAGACGCCGGAGCACGUGUGUUUCGUCAUGGAGUACACGGCUGGAGGAGACCUCAUGAUGCACAUCCACGCUGACGUCUUCUCUGAGCCGCGCUCCGUGUUCUAUGCUGCUUGUGUGGUUUUGGGCCUACAGUUUCUUCAUGACAAUAAGAUUGUGUACAGGGAUCUGAAGCUGGAUAACUUGUUGCUGGACACUGAAGGGUUUGUGAAGAUCGCUGACUUCGGCCUAUGUAAAGAGGGGAUGGGGUAUGGGGACAGGACCAGCACGUUCUGUGGUACUCCAGAGUUUUUGGCCCCAGAGGUUCUGACUGACACGUCUUACACUCGAGCGGUGGACUGGUGGGGACUCGGGGUCCUCAUCUACGAGAUGCUGGUUGGAGAGUCUCCGUUCCCAGGUGAUGAUGAGGAGGAGGUGUUUGACAGUAUUGUCAACGAUGAAGUACGUUACCCACGAUUCCUUUCCACAGAAGCCAUUAGCCUAAUGAGACGGCUCCUAAGGAGGAACCCCGAGAGGAGGCUGGGCUCCAGUGAGAGAGACGCAGAAGAUGUGAAGAAGCAGCCGUUCUUUAGGGAAGUGGACUGGGAGGCUCUGCUGCAGAGGAAGGUGGACCCUCCCUUCGUGCCCUUGUUAGGAGGGCAGGAGGACGUGAGUAACUUUGACGCCGAGUUCACGAGGGAAGCUCCGACUCUCACUCCUCCUCGAGAGCCCAGGACCCUGUCCCGCAAAGACCAGGACUGCUUCAAAGACUUCGACUACGUCUCAGACCUGUGCUAGGGAAGAGAAAAAGAAACUGACCGCACGCUGACCACAUAUACUGUGACUGGGAGAUUUGGGCUCCUCAGAAAAGCCUUCCAGAUGCUCUGUGUUCUCUCUGCACGAGGCUGCAGGAUAAGGGAGGAUGGGGUCACUGACUCCCAAAUGUGAAGGAUGCACCAGAACACGUCACGUGUGUAUCAGGGGUCAAGAGACAGACAGGACAGGAGAGGAACUCAGGCUAACUAUUUACAUGACUGGAAUGGUUCAGGUCUAUAGAAUAAGAGCUGCAUGAGGAUCACUUCAUCCCCACAGUCCCCGUCUCUGUCUCUGUGUCCAGAUCUUCAUCUUCCCUGCUCCAAUCUCACACUGUCUGACCACACGACAUCACCCGUCUGCUUUAUUUCACUCGCUUAUAUCAGUGUGUCCAGCUCACCUCACCGCACGCAAGCAGAAAGAGCCGAGAUUUCACCUUCUGAACGUCCGCUAUAGCACAAGGUCAAGCUCAAGGUCAAGUGUCGGGAUAUUCAGUAACCGUCCUGUCCUGUUUCUUCUACUUCGAAGGCUAAAGACUUAAAUUAAACACAAUAUUUUUGCUUUUUUUAUUUGCAUUAAAAGUGUAAGAGCUGAGUUUCAUGAGCAGCUUAUUAAAUAUGAAACAGAACAGUUCAGUACAUCUGGAAGCAUUAUAUAUCUACACAAACAUAUUAAAUGGCUGCUUCUGUCCUGGAGUGUGAUUACUGUAUCUUCAUGUCAUUAGUGUUCAGAUGGAUUUACAGCUCGGGGGGAAACUCUGCUGGAGUGGAGAGGUGAAGAGACGCAUGACUCCCACUGCAUUAGUGCAACAUGUGCAGGAGUGUCGCAGGACAUCUCACUCUCUCACACACAGGAUCAUAAUACACAACACACCUGCUGAGUACUGACACAGGAGCUCUCUCUCUCUCUCUGUCUCUCUCUCUCUCUGUCUCUGUCUCUCUCUCUCUCUCUCUCUCUCUCUGUCUCUGUCUCUCUCUCUCUCUCUCUCUGUCUCUCUCUUUCU